GUUACGUUAAGUAGAAAAAGAAACCAGGCUAUUGUCAGCUGCAUAUCUGGAGGCCCAUGUUGUGUAGAGUUUUAGCAAGUGCCUUUAGGCGGUCAACUAUGGGACUUUAUUCACAAAAGGGCUGGUCCCAAACAGUGGCCACACCAAACCUUUCUGACCUUAUUUCAUUACCAUCCCACACAAUGGAAAGUGCUCUAUAAAAGGACUCGACAGUUCACAAGAUCUCACAGGCAGAGGAUACCCAAACCAGUCGCAAACAUGAUCCAAGGUUCGCGUUCUGCAAACAACUGGAAAGAUAUUCCCCUCAACAUUUUCCUCUUCCUCCUAGUCACAAAAUUCGAUAAAAGCUUUCAGUUAACACUGAGCGACUGCGGAUCAGAGUUCAGACGUCCAGAGUACACAGACAUCUCUGUAGACUGUGGAACGGAGUACAUCAGCCUGGCUAUCAAAUUCUGUCCUGUCAUGUACACUGGCUACAACGAAUCGGAGUUAAUUCUCAACAACAUCAUGAAUAACCCAGACUGCUAUGCGACCCUCGAUACUACCGUUUCACCUCCUGUGGCUCGAUUUAGUUUGCCGAUUAACUCAACCGAUGGCUGCGGCAGCAACUUUGUUACAACAAGUAGUGUAGGGACAGGUGUAUUCUCAGAGUUCUCCAACAUCGAAACGGUCAACAUCAGUGGAAUUAUACGAUCGAAAGACAUCACAACAGGCACAGUGACGUAUAACGCUGAGCUGAAGUACUACUACUCGUGCGCCUAUCCUCUGGAGUACCUGAUCAACAACACUCAAGUGGAUGUGUCGGGCUCCUCGAUUGCAGUAAAAGACAACAAUGGCAGUUUCAUCAGCACUCUGAGUCUCAGACUCUUCAGUGACAUUAACUACACCCAGCCUCUUGUUAUGCCUCCCCUCGGUAUUGAGCUGAGGACUAAUGUGUUUGUGCAAGUGGAGGCCGCCAACUUGUCCACCCAGUACUUUUUGCUGUUGGACAGAUGCUUUGCCUCUGUUUCCACCAUCCCUACCACCAGGACCUACUACGACCUCUUUAUGCCUUGCGGUGGUGAUCGGCUCACUAAAAUGAUGGUGAAUGGGGAGAUGCAACGUGCUCGGUUCUCAUUUCCGGCCUUCCGCUUCACAGAGCAGCAGAACCAAACAGUUUCAACAUACUAUCUGCACUGCAUUACAAGACUCUGUGAAAUAUCAACCUGCAGUGCAUUUAGGCAAUGUCGCAAACGAAAAAGGAGAGACGUUGUGCCUUUAACCACCACUCCUUCUCCAAAUGGAGUCACAGAAGCCAGAACCCUCACAUCACCAGCCAUCGUUAUACGUGCAGAUAAUGUGGUGGCAACAAAAGAGGAAGAAGUCACAAUCAACACGGAAACACCUUCAGACUCUUCUGUGGGUCUCGGCUUGGCUGUGGGCAUCCUGGCAUUUGCCUGCAUCAUGACUGUAGGAUUGGGAGCAGUUUUCUACAAGAGAUACUGGCACAACGCACCUUCAAAUAUGCCCCGGUGAGCUGUGACACCCUGCUCUUACUCCAAGAGAAGACUGCUGCUGGAGGGCUGAGCAGGGCUCAGCAUAGAACUGUGUCAGACAUCUCAAUAUUUUCUAUAAUGUUUCUAGCUGAAUAAUCAUAGCAUAAUGUGGUUUAGAAGAGCAACAGUGUACUACUACAUCAGCUCUACAUCUUAAACUUGUGUUUGACCUGGGAAUACAUGUUAAAUGCACAACCAAAACAGAGCUUUAAUCCUUGGUUUAUAUAAGGCAAUAUGAAUUCUCUGUAUUCUUGUGUUUUGCAAUAGUGCAUUAAAAAUACUGACCCAUCAAAUGAAUCCAAUCCCAAUGAGCUCACACCGUGGUACCUGUAAAACACAAAAAGGAAAUAAAUCUGAAUGUAUGUGAUGGGUUUACCUUCUAAAAUGUAAUAUGUUAUUUAUUAAACACUACUCUUUCUGCUUAUUCCUCAUUUAACUUUGACAUCCCCAUAUCUAAAGACUACUAAUGCACAGCCCAAAACAUCCCUGCAUUUACAAUGAAACACAUCCUUUUAAAUCAAUAAAGCAAUAGCAGACUAUUAUAGAUUCCUUCUGCAUGUUCAACUUCAUAAAUAAAGAAAUGGAAAUAAAAGCAAUUUCAAAUGAAAGUGAGCUGAAGGAGAGUGCAGCAAAGCGUUGAUCUUUAGAUCUGAAGUUAUGUUCUUGGCUCUGCAAUUUUGUAACUUCUUUUAAAGUCAUAUGGAAGACU